GGCCGAGGACGGUGCCCGGCGCGCCCCCAGCAUGGCGGCGGUGCGGGCGCUGCGGGCAGCGGCGCGGCGGAGGCCGGAGCUCGGGCCCGCGGGGCUCAGGGCGUUCUGGGGCGGCCGCAGGAAGGAGGAAAGAGAAGUGGAAGCAGACCGAGCAGUUCCUGAGAGGGAGGAGAGGAGCGAGCCCAGCCUGAUCCACCCCCCGCCACGCCGCCGGAGCUACGUCCCUCCCAAGGACCUGCAGAGCUGCCUCGAGUCCCACGUCAGGGAGGUCUUCGGGCCCUCUGUUCCCCAGGACUGGCAGCAGACUCCCCUGCAGGAGAACAGGCUGAAGCAUCGCCUGCUGGCCCGGCUGGCGGCAGAGCUGGGACACGCUGUCCCCAACUCAUAGCUGCACCGCAUGCGCCGCGCCGGGGACGUGCUGGGCUUCUAUCGCAGCCCCGUGAAGGACAGCACCAAGAUCGAUGAACUCGCGGCCGCAGAGCUGCCCCCGAACCUGAAAAUCAUCUGGCAGCAGUAAGUCCCUCCAAGCAGCAUUCCUGUGCCCGGCUGGUGCUGUAGGGCAGCAGCAAAGUGCUCUGUCUGGGGUGAAAUCUGUGAAUUUCAGUAACAGAAGUUCAUUGAAAUCACUCAGUAAUGGUAAAGUCUCCAAGAGCUCUAUAAAAUCAGCUGCUAUUGAGGCAUCUUAUUGAAUUCUCCAAUGUUGGUUAAGGGCCCCAUUUUAUAAGUUCUUUGGGUGUUAGUUUUUCUUCCCAUCUAACUGAUGAAGCAAGUCUGCUUUUAAUUGGAGAAGGUAAGCAGUGACUUCAGGAGGACAAGACAAUAAACAGUCUGAGAAAUGCA